AUGUAAAUAAAUACGAAGUUCAGAUUAUUUGAUAUUGCUGUCAAUCUUACAGAUGACUAAUUUUAUGGAAUGUAUCAUCGCUAGAAAUGCCAUAAGCCUGAUUAUAAGGAUGUGUUGAAGAGAGCCUCUGAUGUUGGUUGUGAGCAUCUAUUGAUUUCAAGUGGAUGCUUGAGUGAAUUGAAAAAGACAAGAGAAUUAUGUUAAUUGAGUCCAAAUUAUUAUACCACUGCAGGUAUUCAUCCCUGCCGUGCUUCUGAACUUAAUAAAAACUAUUACGGGUACAUGGGAGAAUUGAGAGACCAACUGGAAUUGGCACUCAAAGAAAAGAAGCUAGUAGCCAUUGGUGAAUGUGGAUUAGACUAUGAUAGAUUGGGAAGGUCUACGAAGUAAGAAUAGAUGAUAGCUUUUGAACCUCAUUUUGAUUUAGCUGAAAAAUAUAAAUUACCUAUGUAUCUCCAUAAUAGGAAUACAAGAGAUGAUUUCUACGACAUCAUGUAGAAGAAUAGACAUCGAAUCGUUGGAGGAGUUGUGCAUUCAUUCACUGGUCCUUUAGAUGAGUUAUAAAAGAUCUUACAUUUGGAUCUUUAUGUCGGUGUCAAUGGUUGUUCUUUAAAAACUCAGGAAAAUAUUAAUGUUGCAAAGCAAAUCCCUUUGGAUAAAUUAUUGUUAGAGACUGAUGCACCAUAUUGUGAAAUUAAAAGAAGCCAUCCUUCUAGCAAAUAUGUUAAAACUUAAUUCUAGGCUCAAUUUAAUGAAAAAUGGAAAGAAGGACAACUAGUUAAGAGUAGAAAUGAACCUUGUAAAAUAAUAUAAGUACUUGAAGUGAUGUCUGAAUUAUUGAAUGUUGAUUAGGAGAAAUUGUCAGAAAUCUGCUUUUAAAAUACAUUAAAGUGUUUUGGUUUAGCAUGA